UUUGGCCAGGCCGGCUUACACUGUUGUUUCUAUCCAGGAGAAAAUUGAGUGUGGCAGCUUAGCUGGCUGGUUUCCAAGACCGUUUCAUUAUGUGGCGAUGACCCACUAGGGGGUCUUCUGGGUCCACAACCCAAAGUAUAUAACUCGCGCGGACCUGAGAGUGCCACCUCGAUGGAAUGCGUGAAGACACUCACUACAAGUCGCAACAACGAACGUUUCCACAGACAAGAAGAGAUGCUUGCCGUUAUUUUCCUCGCGAUAAUACUUGGGAUAAAUGCUCAUCCAUUUGACGAACUACACCAAUAUGUGGACGAGCAUGUGGAAGAUUAUGUACAGGCUUUGAGAGAGUGGGUGGCAGUGGAGAGUGACUCCAGUGAUGCCACCAAGAGGCCAGACCUACACCGCAUGAUGGACAUGACCGCGGAGAAGUUAAAAAACAUGGGAGGGGAGGUGGAGAUGGUGGACAUUGGAUCACAGGAGCUUCCUGAUGGCACAACCAUCCCUCUACCAAAAGUGGUCACUGCCCAAAUCGGUAAGGACUCCAACAAGCACACAGUGUGCAUCUAUGGACAUGUGGACGUCCAGCCGGCCAAGAAGGAGGACGGGUGGGCAACAGAUCCCUAUAACCUAACUGACAUUGAUGGGAAGCUAUACGGGAGAGGAUCAUCUGACAAUAAGGCUCCAGUUCUAGCAUGGAUGCAUGCAGUAGAGGCCUACCAAGCUCUCGAUCUGGACCUGCCAGUGAAUGUCAAGUUUCUCAUUGAGGGGAUGGAGGAGACGGGCUCCAAUGGUCUGGACACAAUGAUUGUGGCAAAGCGGGACACAUUCUUCUCCGACGUGGAUUACAUCAUCAUUUCAGACUGUGGUUGGCUGAGCCGGAAGCCUGCGCUCACUUAUGGCACCCGAGGAAACUGCUACUUCUUUGCAGAGGUGGAGGGACCUAAGCAGGACUUACACUCUGGGGUUUAUGGAGGCACUGUGAUCGAGCCCAUGACAGACUUAAUUGGCAUCUUGGAUUCUCUAAUUAGCCCCAAUGGAAAGAUCCUCGUUCCGGGGAUCAGGGAGGCCGUGGCUCCCUUCUCUGAUGAGGAAUGGAAAAUGUACCAGGACAUUGAUUUUAACAUCGAGACCUUUAAGUCUAAAAUCGGAGUCAGCCAACUCAUGUACAACAACAAAGUGGACUUGCUGUCUCAUCGAUGGCGCCAUCCCACUGUAUCCAUACACGGUAUCGAGGGUGCAUUCUCUGCCUCUGGCUCAAAGACUGUCAUACCUGCAAAGGUUACUGGCAAAUUCUCCAUCCGACAGGUUCCAGAUAUGGACCCCGCCAUGGUCAAAAAGCAGGUGACGGACUACUUGAACUCAGUGUUUGGAAAGCGAAAGAGUCCCAACAAGCUAAAGGUGACGAUGAUUAUUGGGGCCAAACCCUGGUUGGCUGACACCAAGCAUGCCCUGUAUGAGGCAGGAAGAGCAGCUGUAAAGAGAGUUUUUCAGAUGGAGCCCGAUCUGAUUCGUGAGGGAGGCACCAUUCCCAUUGCUCAGACCUUCCAAGACGUCACAGGGAAGAGCAUCAUCAUGCUUCCCAUCGGGGGCUUUGAUGAUGGACUUCAUUCCCAGAAUGAGAAAAUGAACAGAUACAACUACAUUGAAGGGACAAAACUGUUCAUCUCCUACCUUCAUGAAGUGGCUGAAAUCAAGGAGUAAACGACUUGUGUGUUGACUGAAGGACAACCAGUGUCGUCGUAUAUUCUAAGAUACCGCCCCAACAUUAUUCACACUAGUAUUAAGUAUGUUAUGGUUAACUUGUCUGCUAAGAGGCACUGUUGUUACUGGAUUAUGUGUCAGUAGGCAUCUCUAACUGAUCAACAGAGUGGCAUUUAUCUAUGUAUGUGUUUCCCUUGUUGAUAAUGUAUAUAGAUACAACAGCCUCAUGAAUUAAAGAUGGUGUUCUGAAACACUG